AUGGGUGAGUCGAUUCGUCAGAAUGGAGAGAAAGUAGGUGAUAAACCGGAAGAUUCACCAUUUCCUCUCACGGACAUAGAUAGAUGGGUGUUAUCACAGACUGACGACGAGUUUCAUCUGCAUGAUUGGGACGAGUUGAAAGAGAUUAUAGCAACGAAUAAUCUCUCAAUCCUCAAACGAAAGCCCUCUGACCUUCGUCGAUAUAUGUCUUGGUCCACAACUAUUAAAGCCGAGUAUGGAAGUAUGAUGAAUUAUAUCCUCCAACAUCGACUUCCCUGGGGCUCGCCACCAUUCAGCUACAUCUCUUCAAUCCCAUUUGAGAACCCCUCGGAUUACAAAAUUUUGCUAAAUGAUUGGCCAUACGGUCUCUCGAAAGAUGUUACCCAUUUUGUGGUCUGGUCAAAAACACCGAUCGCCACCGACGAUGGGAAUGGAGAUGUGACGGAUGAGAGCCGGAAAAUAAUUGAAGAUUUCGUGAAGAGAACAUUUGCUGAUAGGUUGGAAGGCACUGAUAGAGUGAUGUGGUUUAAGAAUUGGGUCGCAUUGCAGAGUGUCAGAGCCCUUGAGCAUAUCCAUGUCUUGAUCAAAGAUGUCCAGAAGGAUGAUAUUGAGUUCUGGACACGGAACAAGGUCUAG